AUGAAUGGGAGAACUAAUUUCUUUGUCAUCGCCGCCGCCGUCAAAGUGGCAACUUCUUCGCCAGAAGAGGAUUUUGAUGAAGCUGAUCAGCAGAUCAAAGUACGAAAUGGGUAUCAGAGGGGCAUCCCAGAUAGUCUAACCCUCAACAAUGGAAGAAGAACUUCCUCAGCUUCUAAUCCCAGUUGGAAAAAUGGCAAGGAAGAUGAAGACAGAGAGGAAAGCAGUGGUCUUGUAAUGGCAAAAGCCAGCUCCAGCUUUGAAGGCAAGGGGAUUUCAAGAUUUAGAUCUCCAUCCAAGACUGCUCAAGAGAACCAUAUUGGAAAUGGUAUCAAUGGUGCUGAAGCUGAAGACCCCAAUUCUCCACCUACUAGUAGUACCACUAGUAAGAAUCAUCACAACCAUGAAAGCAAUGGAGUAGUUAAAAGUGGUGUCAAUGAUACUUUCUUGCAAUGGGGUCACAGAAAGAGGUCUAGAUGCUCUAGAGGGAUGGGGGCAUUGACAGAUGAGACAUCUUCAUCAACAUCAAAUCUUCAACCUUCCUCCAAGCUGCAAAGGAGAAUGUUGCCUCAAUCACCAAACUCAAAUGCUAAUGCAAUGCCACCUCCUUCACAACCUUCCACCACCAAUAAUGGAGUUCCCAGAGGACCAAACCUCAGAACACCAACCAAAAGCAACUCUUCCAGCCCAUCUCCUGUAAGAAGGAAUUUGGAAGAGCGAUCCAUUGUUGGUGGGAACAAGUCUCCGUCACCGGCGCCGGGAAAUAAUGUCAGCAGCAGUAGCAGGGGAGUUUCUUCUAGAUCUAGAGUGGGGAAAAAGGUGCCUUCUUUCGACAAAAAGAGCCCAAGAGAUGAAAAGAUGAAUAAUGGUGGUGGCUCCGCCUCGGUAUUACAACAACAUCAGGCAGAAGCAGGUGGUGGUGGAGAUGUAAAAAAUGGUAUUAUGUCACCACCACAUGGUGGUGGUUGCAGCACCAACGAGGAUAGCAAUAUUAACGGUGUUAGGCCGGGAAAAAUGGUGGCCGGAGGAGGAGAAAAGGGGAAUAACGGUGGUGGAAAUGAGGUGAAUGAGUGGCCGAGAAUAUACAUACCACUAUCAAGGAAGGAGAAAGAAGAGGAUUUCUUAGCAAUGAAAGGGACAAAGCUUCCUCAUAGACCUAAGAAAAGGUCCAAAACUGUUGAUAGAAUGCUCCAGUAUUGUUUUCCUGGAAUGUGGCUUUCCGAGUUGACGCGGGGUCGUUAUGAAGUGCGGGAAAAAAAGUGUCCCAAAAAGCCUAAGCGAAGGGGACUGAAAGGGAUGGAAAGCCUUGACAGUGAUUCAGAAUGA